AUGACGCGACCACCAAACGCAAAACGCGAGCCAGCCGAUUUCAUUCCGUCGAACCGUGUCCACGAAUACUUGCAGGAGUUUGCCACCAAGUUUAAUAUCGCCAACAAGAUUCGGUACAACGUCUCUGUGAAACACGUGCAGCGUCAUGAAGAUGGAGUACGCUGGACCCUUACCGUGCUCAACGAGAGAGGGGAACAAGAGACGAUCGUUUGCGACAAGUUGGUCAUCUCGACGGGUCUUACUUCCCUUCCUACCAUUCCAGAUAUUCCUUCAGAGAGCUUUGAGCCUCCAACAUUUCACUCACGAUUCCUUGGAGCGCGCUAUGAGGAAAUGCGCUCACCAGAGAUCAAGGUAGUCACCGUGUAUGGCGGAGGAAAGUCUGCAUAUGAUGCUGUGCACGCGGCUAAAGGGGGAAACAGUACAAUGGGUAAUCCGGACGAGCGGUGCCGGUAUGGGUGCAAUACACUCCAGAGUUUGGCGGCAGUUCGAUCAGCGACAUCAUCUUUACGCCUGCGAUGGACUACAACUAUCCUCAUCCGCUUCGGGACACGUGGGACAGGUUCUUCCACAGCGGCAAGAACUGGUUUGAUAUUGGCUGCAUUGACGAUUUCUGGGCUCAUGAGCAGAGUCGUCACUGGAAAGAUGGUUACGACGAACGAUGCAAUGAGAAAGCUCAAACCGGACGUCGUGGACCGCGUCAUGUACUGGCACAAUGGUCUCUUACUCGCGGUUCCAACGAUGGAUAUCCUGGAUAAAGUCAGACGCGGCGACGGUAUCACGAUUUACCGGGCGGACAUUACAAAAUUAUCGGGGAGACAUGUUCACCUUGCAGAUCAAACGACAUUGACCACGGACAUGCUUAUCUAUGCCACUGGAUAUAGCAUCCAUCAACCCAUCUUUUCAGAACAAGACGCCUACGAACUUGGGCUCCCUGUCCAGAUUUCCCAUAUCCCUUCACUUACUGGGAACCACGACGCACAGUGGCCGACACAAGCCAUGGAAGAGGCAGAUAAAGAGGUCUUGGCCAAAUUCCCUCGCCUCUCAAACCCACCGGUCGAGCCAAAGAAACCAACCUAUACGCAAUACCGUCUUUACCGUUCUAUUCUCCCCUUUCCUUUGAUGAAGAAGAGGGAUAGAUCUCUCACCUUUGUCGGUUACCUGCAAGGAGCAGCAAUUUGCAUCAUAGGCGAUGUCAGCGCAUUGUGGGCUGUGGCAUGGAUGACGGGCAAACUAGACAUCGAGAGAGAUAUGGAUGAGAUGGAAAAGGAAUGUGACCUCCUCAAUGCGUUCAUCAAACGAAGGUAUCUCAAUGCCGGUCGAGAGAUCCCAUACCUCCCAUUCGAGUGGAUGACGUAG